UUAUUAGUAAAUCACAUUUCUAGGAUGAUCUAACAAACAAAAAAUGUCAAAUAUGAAUUUGUUUUGAAAACAAUGCACGAAUCUUCGAGAGGUAAACCACCCGAAGUGGUCUUUAACAAAAGGAGAGGUGAACAAUUGGUCUGGAUGUUAUGACGUACAGUAGUAUGCUUAUAUUCUGACGGCCUUACUGUAAACAUUGACAUAAGGUGUUUAUUAGAGUGAAAAACUAUAGUUGCAAGAUACUUGUUAGCAUUAAAAAUAGAUUUUCUUGAGAUUAAUGGCCAUAGSUUUUUAUCUGUCGAAUCGUUAAGGAUAAAUUUCCUAGGUUACGUCACCAAUGACAACAGGUAGAGGUAUGAUAGUUUAGCCAGCGUCAUUUCAUAGCGGAAAUGCAAUGAUGUGGAAAAACAAUACCUUCCCAAGAGGAUUAAAUAUUUCCAUAGCCAUUGAUGACAGAAACCACGUAUCCCUGUCAAAACAAUUUUUUUUACGAGAUAACGACAAUUUAAUAGCAGAAAACAGAAAAGAACAUGRAGAUUUUUAGUUUCUUGGUGUUAAUCUUGAUUGUACAAAGUCGAGUAAGUGGUUUAACAUGGACGACGCACACAACUACUAAGAAUGUUGAACCUGGUGGAAACAUUACUCUUCGCUGGACAUAUACUUUAACGAAUUUUGAGCAACAACAAGCGUCCCUUUAUUCUUUGAUUAUCAUAGAGCAAGAACGGUAUCUUUACAGCGGUAAUUGGAGAACUUUAGCAGUGAAACUACCGGAAUUUCAAUUAUCAAAGGUUAUUUCAAAUAAUGGACGCAUAUCUUUUCAAGACGGUGCUGGGGUAGGGAUAGAAAUUUACAAUGUYACUGACAUCGAAGAAACGAGAUAUAGGUGCACGUAUAUUAGCGGUUUUCCAUCAUCGAAAAGCAUUAUCGUUCCAGAUUUCAAAGAAGUGCCAAUCCAAUUAAGAAUUAUUGGUAACUCUUUAACAUCUGGACGUGUAGAAGUAUUCCACAAUGGUUUGUGGGGGACAAUAUGCAAUAACAAAUGGACGAUAAGAAAUGCUAACGUUGCGUGUCGAAUGAUGGGAUUCCAAGGCGCCAGUAAAGCUUUGUGUAUUGGACAAUGCACACCAGGAACCGGUCCAAUUUGGUUAAGUGAUGUUGAUUGCACUGGGAACGAGAAUAACCUCGGUGAAUGCUUUCAUGGUGUUUGGGGGAAUAACAAGUGCAAUCACAAUAUGGAUGCUGGGGUUGAAUGUGUUUAUCCAUCGACAACCAAAAUAACUUUCACAACUUCCACGAUACAACCACCCAGUACCACACAGCCACUAACCACAACACAGCCAACAACAACAACAACAACACGAGGGCGGUCAACCACACAAACACCAAGUACAACAAAACCGCAAACAACAACACAGCCUCCUACCACAACACAAUUGACUACAAAUACACAGCGACCGAYAACACGAUCCUCUAUAAUUUUAGCCCGACUAACUGGUGCCAAUCGCAAUGAUUAUGGAAGACUUGAAGUGUUCUAUAAUGGAGAGUGGGGAACUGUUUGUGAUGAUAAUUGGAAUGAAAAGGAUGCCAUCGUUGCUUGUCGAAUGUUGGGGUUCCAGACAGUCAAUUUUACUGCCACUGUUGGAAGCUUUAUGCCAGGUCAAGGGAAAAUCCACAUGGAUGAAGUACAGUGUAUCGGUAAUGAGACAUCCCUGAAAGACUGUCCAUUCAUUGGAUGGGAUCAGACUGAUUGCGGUCAUAAAGAAGACGUUGGAGUUAGCUGUAUGAAUGUAUCGACAAAAACAACAGCUAUACCUACAACACAAGCAACCUUUCCUACAACAGCACCUCAACCAGAGGUUCGUUUAGCUGGCGCCAACAGCGUAGCAAUUGGUCGUUUAGAGGUUUAUCACAACCAUUCUUGGGGGACGGUAUGUUACGAUAACUGGGAUAGCAACGAUGCCAUUGUUGUAUGUCGCCAGUUGGGAUUUGAUUUUGUGAAGCACACCGAGAGAGUUAUACCUGCCCUUGAAGGCAAAGGUGUUAUCUGGAUGGACGAAGUAAAAUGUAACGGCACAGAAAGGUCACUGAAAGAUUGUCCAUUUAACGGAUGGGGCAAAACGGAUUGUGGUCAUGAUAAAGACGUAUUAUUGUGGUGCAAACACUUCCAGUCUACCACUUUUGCCCCUAGUACCGCUCAACCUACAACCACUGUUCCUACUACCGCUCACACUACUGCUCCUACUACCGCUCGUCCUACAACCACGAUUUCUACACAACCAAUUCCAGAGGUUCGUUUAGCUGGCGUCAACACCUCAGCAGUUGGUCGUGUAGAGGUUUAUCACAACCNUUCUUGGGGGACGGUAUGUUACGAUAACUGGGAUAGCAACGAUGCCAUUGUUGUAUGUCGCCAGUUGGGAUUUGAUUUUGUGAAGCAAACUGGUAGAGUUAUACCUGCCCUUGAAGGCAAAGGUGUUAUUUGGAUGGACGAAGUCAAAUGUAACGGCACAGAAAGGUCACUGAAAGAUUGUCCAUUUAACGGAUGGGGUAAAACGGAUUGUGGUCAUGAUAAAGAUGUAUUAUUGUGGUGCGGAUACUUCCCGACUACCACUUCUGCCCCUAGUACUGCUCAACCUACAACCGUUUCUACACAGUCUCCAGUGCUUCAAAUCCGAUUAGCGGGAAAUACUUCGAGUUUUGGAAGAAUCGAAGUUUUUUAUAACGGCACAUGGGGCACAGUUUGUUCCAAUUACUGGGAYGUUAAUGCAGGAAAAGUUGCGUGUAGAAUGCUUGGYUACCCAUAUGUAUGGUCAAGCAGUAGCAUAGGUUCUCUGUUACCUGGUACAGGCAAAAUUUGGUUAGAUGAUGUUCGAUGCCAUGGUAAUGAAACUACGAUUCUUGAUUGUGCGCAUAAACCUUGGGGAGAGCACAACUGUAAUCAUUCAAGAGAUGCAGGUGUUUGGUGUGGACGCACUCCUACUCCAUCGCCACCUCCUAGGACAACAACAACGUCACUUCCUAUGACGACUUCAUCGCCACCUUCGACAGCCUCUCCAACACCAAGUUUACGUAUACGUUUAGCUGGCAGGAACUCCUUUACGGAAGGUCGGGUAGAAAUAUUCCAGAACAACGCUUGGGGAACCAUUUGUGAUGAUAAAUGGGACAUCAACGAUGCCCAUGUCGUUUGCCGCAUGCUUGGUUUAUCUGGGGCAGAGAGAGCAGUUGUGAAUGCGGAGUUUGGUGAAGGAACUGGUAUGAUUUGGAUGGAUGAUGUAGAAUGCAGUGGAUCAGAGUUAAGCCUAGUUUCGUGUAAGCACAAAACGAAUUCUGAUUGUUCGCACAAAGAGGAUGCUGGCGUUGUAUGUCAGAAAGUACCGGUACAAAACAAAGAUGCUGGAUGCAAUUUUGAUCACAAAGGAUAUUGUUAUUGGAAUCGAGACACCUUCAAUGGUAGUAAUUACGAGUGGACAAGAAUAAGUGGACCAACUCCAUCAGAUGGGACCGGUCCAAGUAAAGAUCGUACAACAGGGAAAGGUCAUUAUGUAUACAUUGAAUCAACGGACUGCAUGUAUGGAAAAUUAGCGGCCAGACUAGUCAGUCCCCUUUUGGGAAAAAGUGCGACUUGUUUAAGCUUCCAUUAUCAUAUGUAUGGUGCAAAAAUAACAACGUUGAGAGUUACAUCAGGCAAGAGYAUCUUGUGGCAACUGACCGGUGAACAGGGCCAAAAAUGGUUCAAAGCYAKAGUYCCUUUGAAGUUUGCCGGAACCUUUCAUGUAUCAUUUGAAGCAGAUUGUGGCCUUGAUUGGCGUGGGGAUAUUGCAAUUGAUGAUAUWGWGGUUUUGGAUGAUCCGGACUGUCGUUACUAUGCAGAAAGUGCAGUUCCCAGUAAAAUCGUGUCAAUCUCAGGGAAUGUAACAGUUGACGCUGGCGCUGACGUCUUCAUGAGUUGUUCAGCAUCUGGUGCACCUACCCCAUCAGUAGAAUGGGUUUUCGAUAACAAAGUCCUUGCAAAAAAUCCAUCCCAGGUUAACUACACUGUCAAGAUUAAUGAUUUAAGCCAGGCUGGGCAGUAUUUGUGUAUUGCCUCCAAUAAAUAUGGGACAAUGAAAAAUGCAAUGAAUGUCUUUCUACGACAUAAGCCUAUGAAUACCACAACAAAUUUUAACGUGUCUUCAAAUGCUGCUUCAGUUGGAGAGCCAGUGUCAGUCAUAUGCAAAGCUGUGGCGAACCCAAUCCCCACAUGUSAACUUUAUCAUAAUGGAAACCUAUUAAAUAUGAUUUCAAACUCUUACGUCAUCAAGACUUUUAAGGCUUCCGACUUUGGCGUAUAUAAAUGCAGUUGCUUUAACAGCUUAGGAAGAGAUUCUGGAGUGGAAACUCUCACUGUUUAUGAAAAACCGUCAAUUUCAGUUGUUUAUCCCAGAUCUCAGAACAUCAGCGAAACAGAUCCCAUUAAUAUCUUCUGCAACGCWACGGGAAAUCCACAUCCAACAAUAACAUGGAGAAAGAGCGAUGACAGCAGAAGRGUCUUCCCAACGGGUAGUUUUCUUACUAUUCCGAAAAGUUUGGCUCCUCGUGACGAAGGAAACUUUAUCUGUACUGCUGAUAAUGGCAAAUACAGUACUGAAGACAGUUCUGUUGUCAACUUUGUUUUCAGAGUCUCGCGGAUAUCAAGUCAACCGCAAAAUGUAUCCGCCAUUGAAGACAGCAAUCKCUUAGUGAGCUUAUUCUGCAACGCUACUGGAAUUCCUUCACCAAACAUAACCUGGUAUAAACAAGGAAAUUAUAGCUUUCCAGUUGCUCUUGGUGAAACGUUAAAACUAAGAGCAAAGAAAGAAGCUUCAGGAAUAUAUGAAUGCGUUGCUUUCAAUGGAAUCGGGAGCGCCCARAGAACACGAGCGUGGAUUCAGAUAAAGCAUAUACCUUACUUCACAACCAUGAAGUCCAACGUAAACAAUGACGUCGUGUUUGGCAACCAUCCUAUCACGAUAACAUGCACAUCAUUUGCCAACCCACCAGCCAACCGAUAUGWUUUUUACCGUGACGGUCGUCACGUGUCUACAACAUCAUCCGGGGUUCUUACUAUUGUUAGUGCAAAAGCCGCUGACCAAGGAAUAUACACAUGCAUAUCAUCUAAUUCUAUUGGACGAAGUGCGAAUAAUGCUACUUUAAGUGUGGCCGUGUUUGGUGCAUUGGAAAUUGCCAGUAGACCAAAAAAUCAAACUGUGAAAGAGAGCGGGACUGCAAUACUGUUCUGUAACGCAUCGUCGAGUCAUGGUACCGUACAAAUUGAAUGGAGAAAAGUGGAAAAUCGCUCUAUUAGUUUUCCUAGUGUAACAUCAUUGGUUUUGGCGAACGCACARAAAGGUGACAAUGGAGUUUAUGAAUGCAAAGCAAGCAAUGGAUAUGCCAAGCCAGUUACCGCAAGAGCACGGGUUAAUGUUCUGCAUAAACCAUACAAUACCGUUCUCAACACAUCGACUGGGUCGAAAAACAUCAGGCUUAAUGGAUCACUUCAGCUCAUCUGUAAAACGUUUGCCAACCCGCCUGCUAAUAUCUAUAAAUUUUUUCACAACGGAGUAACACUUGGACAGACCGCCAAUGGASUGUUUAAGAUAUCACGACUAACAAAAACGUCCAAUGGGACAUAUUCAUGCGUCGCCGAGAAUGCCAUCGGAAAAGGUGCCCCAGGAUCAAUCUUCCUUAAGUUCGCAGUUUGUGGUAGACCCGUAUUUGGAAAUUCGAUCCAUUCCCAGAUUGUCGGUGGUAUAACGUCACGACAUGGGGCGUGGCCAUGGCAAGUGCAAAUUGGAACCAAGAAUGUCUGGAACAGCAUACGUCAUMUCUGUGGCGGUUCAGUCAUAGGAAAAAAAUGGAUUGUCACAGCAGCACAUUGUGUAGCUGUUGAACAAGGAUCAGGAUUCAAUACAACCAAACCCGAAAAUCUUAAUAUCACGUUAGGGGAACAAUUUAUUUACAAAGUAGAUGGYACAGAACAAAACAUUCCAGUAGAAAAGGUUAUUGUACAUCCUAGCUACUACAAUCUUGAUUAUGACAUAGCACUCAUUAAACUCAAGCAGGACAUCCAAUACAAUUCCUAUGUAUCGCCAGUUUGUUUACCAGACUUUGAAUUUCCAGCUGGCACUGCAUGUUAUGUGACUGGGUGGGGACGUCUAUUUAGCAGUUCUCCUUCAUCAAACGUUCUGCAAGAAGCAUCUAUUCCAUUAAUGUCAAGGUCACAAUGCAAUGUUGAGUAUAAAGGCAUCAAGCAAGUAACUAGUCGUAUGAUAUGUGCUGGUACAAAGGGUGUUUCUAAAGGGACAUGUAGAGGUGAUAGUGGUGGGCCGAUUGUAUGUUCAAGWGAAGGGUAUUGGUUUCUUAUGGGCGCAACCAGUUGGAGUUUGGGAGGUUGCGCAGAUAGUGGCUAUCCUGGUGUUUAYGCUGACAUAUUUUACUUCAAAAAUUGGAUUGUAAAUACCAUGGAGAGAUAUUAGAUUCUAUGGCAUAGAGAUACGAUWUAAACCGAUACGAUGGUAUAUGAACAGAAAUAAAUAAUGCUACAAUACAAACAUCAAUAUGGUUGAAUGUAAAAAAUAGUGAAGUGGAACCCAAAUGGCAAUAUGUGGAAUAUGAACAUCAAUACGGUGGGAUAUAAGCCACAAUCUCAUUGUGGAAAGAAAGGCCAAUACUAGGGAAUCUAAAUCGAAAUAUGGUGGAAUAUAAACAGGAAUACACGAAGUCAUAUUAGUGUCAAUAACAGCGAUAUGGUGUAAUAUGGUUGAUUACGAACAACAAAUGGUAGGAAGGCAAACAAGGACAUAAGUCGGCAUAUAGUACAAUAGAGAGGAUUAGAAAAACCAACCAAAUGAAAAUGACAAAACUUUUGAAAACAUGUGCUGCAAUUGUUAGCUUAUUUUACAAGCCAGAUUGCCAUAUGAAGGAAUGCAAGUAMCUUUUUUGGUGGAAAGCAAAAGGAAAUAUCUAUUUAUACGAACAAUGAACAAUAUAUAAGUAUAACCUAAAACAGGAAAAUCUUAAGAAAUUUUUGCUAACAGCACAGAAAUGUUAAAAAUGUCCAACCGCAGCAGGCUUAAUAGUUUUUAUUUUUAAGAUAUAAAUAUUCACGAAUAUUGUUAGAUUUAUAGUAAGUUUACUUUUUUAAUGAUUGAACAAUUCCAAAAAC